UUAAAAUAUUCAAAAUGGCGGACGGAGGAGCAGCGAGUCAAGAUGAGAGUUCAGCCGCGGCGGCAGCAGCAGCAGACUCAAGAAUGAAUAAUCCGUCAGAAACCAGUAAACCGUCUAUGGAGAGUGGAGAUGGCAACACAGGCACACAAACCAAUGGUCUGGACUUUCAGAAGCAGCCCGUGCCUGUUGGGGGAGCAAUCUCAACGGCCCAGGCCCAGGCUUUUCUGGGACAUCUCCAUCAGGUCCAGCUCGCUGGAACAAGUUUACAGGCUGCUGCUCAGUCUUUAAAUGUACAGUCUAAAUCUAAUGAAGAAUCGGGGGAUUCACAGCAGCCAAGCCAGCCUUCCCAGCAGCCUUCAGUGCAGGCAGCCAUCCCCCAGACCCAGCUGAUGCUGGCUGGAGGACAGAUAACUGGGCUUACCUUGACGCCGGCCCAGCAACAGUUACUGCUACAGCAGGCGCAGGCGCAGGCACAGCUGCUGGCCGCCGCGGUCCAACAGCACUCCGCCAGCCAACAGCACAGCGCUGCCGGGGCCACCAUCUCAGCCUCCGCCGCCACGCCCAUGACGCAGAUCCCCCUGUCGCAGCCCAUCCAGAUCUCCCAGGAUCUGCAGCAACUGCAGCAGCUUCAGCAGCAGAAUCUCAACCUGCAGCAGUUUGUGUUGGUCCAUCCGACCACCAACUUGCAGCCAGCGCAGUUUAUCAUCUCACAGACGCCCCAGGGCCAGCAGGGUCUCCUGCAAGCGCAAAAUCUUUUAACGCAACUACCUCAGCAAAGCCAAGCCAACCUCCUACAGUCGCAGCCAAGCAUCACCCUCACCUCCCAGCCAGCAACCCCAACGCGCACAAUAGCGGCAACCCCGAUUCAGACACUUCCACAGAGCCAGUCAACACCAAAGCGAAUUGAUACCCCCAGCUUGGAGGAGCCCAGUGACCUUGAGGAGCUUGAGCAGUUUGCCAAGACCUUCAAACAAAGACGAAUCAAACUCGGAUUCACUCAGGGCGAUGUUGGGCUCGCUAUGGGUAAGCUGUAUGGAAAUGACUUCAGCCAAACCACCAUCUCUCGCUUUGAAGCCUUGAACCUCAGCUUUAAGAACAUGUGCAAGCUAAAGCCACUUUUGGAGAAGUGGCUCAAUGAUGCAGAGAACCUCUCAUCUGAUUCAGGUCUCUCCAGCCCAAGUGCCCUGAAUUCUCCAGGGCUGGGAAUGGAGGGCUUGAACCGUAGGAGGAAGAAACGCACCAGCAUAGAGACCAACAUCCGUGUGGCCUUAGAGAAGAGUUUCUUGGAAAAUCAAAAGCCUACCUCGGAAGAGAUCACCAUGAUUGCUGAUCAGCUCAGUAUGGAAAAAGAGGUGAUUCGUGUUUGGUUUUGUAACCGCCGCCAGAAAGAAAAAAGAAUCAACCCACCGAGCAGUGGUGGGACCAGCAGCUCACCUAUCAAAGCAAUUUUCCCCAGUCCAACCUCACUGGUGGCAACCACGCCAAGCCUUGUGACUAGCAGUGCGGCCACGACCCUCACUGUCAACCCGGUCCUCCCACUAAGCAGCGCUGCGGUCACGAGCCUGUCUGUCACAGGCACCACAGACAGCACCUCCAACAACACUGCCACCGUGAUCUCCACCGCGCCGCCAGCUUCCUCCGCAGUCACGUCCCCCUCGCUGAGCCCCUCCCCGUCCGCCUCGGCCUCCGCCUCCGAGGCAUCCGGCGCCAGCGAGACCAGCACAACGCAGACCACCUCCACCCUGUCCUCUCCUCUCGGCACCAGCCAGGUGAUGGUGACGGCGUCAGGGUUGCAAACGGCGGCGGCCGCUGCCCUCCAAGGGGCCGCGCAGCUGCCGGCCAACGCCAGUCUCGCCGCCAUGGCCGCCGCCGCGGGACUGAGCCCAGGCCUGAUGGCGCCCUCGCAGUUCGCAGCUGGAGGUGCCUUACUCAGUCUCAAUCCAGGGACCCUGGGCGGUGCUCUCAGCCCGGCUCUCAUGAGCAACAGUACACUGGCAACUAUUCAAGGAUUGCUUCAUGGAUUGGAGAACUUUCUAACCAAAAAUUUAAAAAAAAAAAAAAAAAAGCAGAAACAAAAAAUCAAAAACAAAAACAUAAGUGAAAGGACUACUUAUCAUUUCCAGCAGUCAUGAUGACAAGUUAAGGUGGGUUACCAAUUCCGAUAUAGGAAGGGGAUUUCUUGUUUGUCUAAAUUUCUUUUUUUCUUAAAAAAAAAAAAAUCAUUUUUAUGGGUCUGUUGUACAGGCCAGUAAGUCAUAACAAGGUGUUUAUAAUCGUAUCAAUUGUGUUGGGGGUUCCUUUCUUAACUGGUACAAUUUAGGCAGGCCUGUAUUACUGUAUCUCUAUUAUUAUUGUUGUUGUUGUUAUUGUUUUUUAUAUAUAUAUAUAGUUUGGACAUGUUUAUCUCUUGCUCCUGGAUCCUACUUCAGUGAGCUCCCACACUGUGGGGAGGGAGGGUUUGGGGGUAAGGGGAGACUUACGUUCUUAACUGCGGGGAAUGUUCUUGCUGGUUUCCUUAUCCUUGAUGACUCUUACAGAGGUGCUAGAAAAUUAUUUUCUUUUGCCACUUAUGCAAGAGGCUUGGUGCAGAAGCUGAUGGCAGUGUGUGCAAACACUCCCGCUCCACACAUGCCCCCUCCCCCAUCAGGUGGUGCCUUCGGAGCACUUUUGUGUAGGAAGCAAUUCCUGCUGAACUGUAGCUCUCACUCACCCCGGAUCAUUGAAUGACCCUGAGGCCCAGAUCCUGCGGUGCACCGGGGCGGCGUCUGCUGUCCGUGGAGACGGCCGCGUGUGUCACAGGGCAGGAUCUGGUUCCGAAGAGCAAAGACUACUGCAGACACCUGACUUGGUGGUUCUCCUGAUUCCCUAUCUCCUGAGAAAUGCUCCUACUGUUGGUGUGUUUGUUUGUUUGUUUCCAUUUUGUGAAAGUUUUUCAUUCAAACUUCCUUUCAUUUACUUGGCAAAGAGCGAAUUGACUUCUUGAAAUCGGGAAGCUCCUCCCUUCUGUUGUGUUCUGAAGGAACUCCCCUAGACUGUUGCCAUCGAGUCUGUAUCCCCCAAAGAGGUGUGAUGGGAAGAGUCUGAGGCUCCCACCUUUUCCGGUGGCCGCAGACUUCCUUUUCACUGGACGACGUGUAAAUUCCUCUAACCUUAAGACUCUCCUUGCUUCCCUGACUGGAGAAUGCACUUACUAGCUGGGCACGGGGUCUUAGAACCUUUGAAGGACUUUGAGCAGGAACUUUGCACACACCUCAAGUGUCUCCUUGGUUUAUUAGUGAUGCUCCAGCUCGGUAGGUCAGAACGGCAAUACACGUCUCGCUGUACGCUGUAGAAAGUGAUUAGCUUCCGGAAUUGUUUUCAGGGUGUUUCUAGACGAUGUAAAUGAGCCCGUCGAAAGGAAGAGUUUAUGGAAAUAGAUGAAGAGGAAUGAGGGUAACUUGGAAAUUCAAUUCCCCUUUGUGUCAGCGUACUAUUAUGAUGUUUUGUCUGUACCAAAACAUUUCCCGGACGACUGGAUCACUGCGAUGCGGCUCGUCUGAGCCCCCCCUCUUAUUGGAGAUCAGGUUCCCGUUUGGUAUCUGUGGCUGCCUGCUUUUAUCUCCAGUGGCCCAAGACUGCACUUUCCCCCCUUUCGAGCUAGGGUCUGAGAGAGAGUGGACAGGUCGUUUUCGUUCUGAUUGCUCUGCUUAUGUCCCCAAGAGAGCUUGGAGUCUGUGUGUUUGUCUCUUCACAGUGUUGGGAAAGGCAGUGAUACAGAUACAGCGUGUAUUUUUGUGUGUGAUCGUCCAAGUGGGAGACAGGCACCUUAAUAUUAAAUGGCCAGAAACGGAUUUAGUCCCUUUGUUAAUUUUUCUUUUGUUGCUUCUGUCUUCCCGUUUUAUCUCACGGAGUAUUUAAUUAUCAACCUAAAUUUCCUCUUCUCACCGUUCACCUUCCCUAAAAUCCCUCCAAAAUCAGUGAACUGCAAGCAGGGAAACUAACAAAUAAUGUCCAUCCACCUUUUUUGUAUGUGUGGUGUGUUUUUUUAUGUUGUCGUUUUUUUGUUUGUUUGUUUUCUUUUUUUAACUAAGCUUGAACCAAAGUCAAUUUUUAGCAAGCUGCUGUACUAAUGGACUAGUUUAUAACGUGCAUUUCAGACACAUUGAGGAGAUAGAUGCUACUGACAAUUUCUUUUUUCAUUUGUCUUUAUUUUAUAUAAAAGUUGCUGCUUGUUUUAAUCUUUUAUGUUGGUUAAUUGUAAUAUCCUCUGGGCAGACAUUAACUUGAUUUUAACUAGUGUAUUUAGUUCGGUGUGUAAAUAGAAUGGCAGUGUCGGUUACUAAUUUUUCUCCUCUCCAUCUUCUCUGAUGUUCAGUUUCAUCUUGUAUCCCGACUUGACAUCUCUAACUUUAGUCUGUGCAAAUGGUUUUAGGGCUAUCACUAAUAGUAGCUGCCCAUUAUAAUGAGUCCCUCCCCUGGGAGUGGUAAGUUAGGAGGAAGGAUUCAGGGAGGGAAAUGCUGAUACCCACCGUCCCAGAUAGAGGUUAUAGCAUUAAUUUCCCAAAACUGCUGCCAAAGGAAGUGUGGAGUCCUAAGAGACUCAAACCCAGUGGAUUAAAAGGAAGAGCAAAGAAAGGCUGUGCUUGUGUGUGUGUUUUCCUGUGUGGUUCAAAAGAUGCUCCCGCUCCUAAACAAGGUUCACCAAUGGACUUUAAUGUUUUAAAGAUACUAAGCUUUAAAUGUCAGGACGAUGGGCUUCUAUUCUCUGCCCUGUCUGUGUUCUCUAGUCAGCCUGGGAUAAGGGGAUUCUGCCUUUUCGCGUGUGUGUGGAUCACUUCAUGAGGAUAAACCUUAAACCAGCAUAAAAAUCCGUGCUUAAAAGAAAGAAAUCCUUAGACAAAGGUAACAUUUAAAAAUUUUCUCGUUGUUUUCUUAUUUAAAGACAAGUUGUAAAACGAAAGGUACAUUUGUACAUGUACACAGGAAACACUAAAACAGUUUGUUGAUAGGUAUUUAGCUUAAAAUCACUCCCCACCACCAUCCCUAGACAUUUUGCUGAUCACAUGGCUUCAUGACUCAACCUUGAGUCCUUUUUGACUUUAUAUUAUAGUUAUCAUCUCAAGAAAUGCUUUUUGAAUUGAGUGAAUCUCCUAAGCUAAGGUACUCAGACUUGACUUUGAACCACCUUAUAUGGGAAAGUCUGGAAAUGAAGGGGGCCAUUUGACCAAAAAGAGGUGUUUGGUAGUUUCUGCAUUUCUAAGCGGUUGGGCCAGAUCGGUCAUCAGAACUCAUUGUACAUUCUUCUUCUUCUCCCCCCCCCCCCCCCCCCGGCCUCCAUGUUUAUGCAGAUUUUAUUUCCUCCCUGAAUUUGGUGAAUACAUACUAAACCAAAGACUAAUUCUGAAUGCAUUUAUAGUGAUACUAUAUUUCUGUAUUUGCCCAUGGUAAUGGGCCCUCCCCAGGGAGUGGUGAAUGUAAUUGAAUCCUGCUUAUCACAAGCAGUGCAGUUUGGUCAUGAACUUUAUUUAUACCCUGUGUGAAUCUGAAGGACAGAGCAGAAAGACCUAGAAAAGGGCUUCUUAUUGGAACAAUAUCAUUGUUCCUGAUUUAAGAAAUAAGUUGAGUGCUAUAUAUUAGUUUAAAUGUUUCUGAAUUAUAUAAGCAGCUUUUUAGAAUUAAAAAAAAUGUUCACCUCUAUUACCUGACACAAUACACGCUUCCUUUUAUUUAUCUGAUAAGAAAGACCAAUACCAUCCCAAUUCACUCAACUUAUUACUCAAGCAACGGAACCAAAGGAAUCCAACUUUCAUUUUGUGUAGGACCAUACCUAUUUGUACUUCAUGGUAGCAUUAUUAGAAGUUAACGAUCCUCUUUUUUUUUUUUUUUUUUAAGGGAAAAUAAGGUUAAUUAAAAGACUUUUUGUGAGAUGAUCAUGCUGUUUUGUUCUACAUAAUUCAUUCAUUGUUGGGGGGGAAAAAAGCACAAUUAUACCUCUUUUUUAUGUUAUUUUGCCCUGUUAUCCCUCAUGUAUUUGGGAAGAUGGGGGAAUCUUGUCUGUAUUAUCCAGAAGCACAGAUAUUUUCUUGACACAAGAUUUAAGGUCAGCCCAAUCUUUAACAUUAAAUGUUCUCUUUAAAUUGCUGGAAAGGCUGGAUACAUUUGCAUAUAUAGGAAAUCAUAUUUGUAGAUAUUUGAAGCUCCAAACCCUGAUAGUAAACAUUGCAGUCAGUGUAUAUAAUAAACGUACAGAAGAAACUCUUUGUAGUUCAUAGUCUACAGUUGUUCCCACCCCAUGUCAUCUUCCCCAAACUUUCUUCACCGAGAAAAAAGUAAACCCGUUGAGAUAGGAAGAAAAGGGAGAAGUGCCAGCCGGGAGACAUCCGCGUGCACCGAGCCCCAGGGCUGGUGGGUAGCGCUGAUGGGGAGCUGGUGGGGAGCUAGUGGGGAGUGGCGCCUGCCCAGACCUCCUGCUGGCAGUAUCCGCAGGGUCAGACCCCCUAGGGGCACCCCAGAGGUCAGUCUACGGUUUGAUAACCUUCAGUCGAAGAAGAGCCUCAACAAUUCAUGAUGAGAUGUUGGCCAAAUUCUUUUCCAUCGAUUCAGCAUCUAAAAUUGAUGAAUUUAAAGUUUAUUCUCCAAACCAUGUGUAUUGCAGCUGAAAAUAUUAAAAGACCAUCCAUGCUACCAAGAAAAUGGCUCUCAAGACCUGAAAUUUAAAGUUAUUCAAAUGGGCAACAGUUGAUGGAUUCAUUUGAUCAUAACCAUUGAUGAGUUCAUUUUGUAUAUGCGUAUAAAAAGCAUUUAAUGUAUGACACUGUUCAUCUAAUCAUAGCCCUGGCCAUUUUGAAGUCAUUUUCAGUCUUAAAACAUUUUGAAGAUGACACUUUAAGAUGGUAAAUCUUUCUUAGCAUUUACCUUCAUUUUUGAGAAGGAAAAAGAAUCUUUGCCAUUCUUUUAAGAAAAAUAACUAAGAUCCGCUAUUAGGCAGGUUGGCAUAAUGGCGCACACGGUAUAAAUGUGAGCAUGAACAAGAGUAGGGUAAAUAAACCGCUUUUAUCAUUAAAAGCUGAUACCAGCCCUGUUCUGCCUCACUCUUUCGUUAAUCCAAAGAGAUUAAAUGGGACACCCCGGAGAUUUCCAGUAAGAUAAUUCGAGAGGAUUUCAUCAGGAAGGCAGGGAAUGCGGUGUUUCUCAGAUUUGUCCAGUUUAUACCCAGAUUUCCAUACGGUUUGUGAGCUGUUGCUUUCUUCUAAUUGUCCUCAUUCGUGAAGCACUUAGGUCCUUGUUUUGGCUCUUCUUCUCUCCGCCUUUUCUAAUAGCAGUAAUUGAGUGAAUCCUACUUUGAUUCUGUGAUCUGGAGCUCCUUUCAGCCCCCUCCUCCUCUUCCUUUUCUUUUUGAAUGGUGAUACCUUAAUCUGUGAGGGUAACGCUGGUGGGUAACAGCUAGCUUCUGGCACCUUCAUAAAAUACCUCAGCGUAGCUUAGCAUUGUUACAGACCUGGUUUUAAUCUAAAAACCAAAAAAAGAAAAAAGAAAAAAACCUUUAUAAAUAGUGGAAAUAAUUCUAGCUGUAGCAUUUAGUUGAACUGAUGUUUAUUACGGUUGAUAAACACGAUUGAUGCUGUAUGUAUUUGGGAUCCUGUUUAUAGGUUACAAUUUAUAGGGUUAGGGAGGGUUGGGGUGGGGAGAGGAGAAAUUGAUUAUGUUAGAAGGAAAAUGUUGCUCAUGUGUGUUUGUUUUUCCUCGUAUCUGUCUUGCCAAAGGAAACUUGAUUAUCUCUGCAGUGGGUUUGGGAUUCGUCGGCCUCUCCGUGGUUUCACCUGCACUGCAGCGUGUGGGUUACACAUGGGCGGUGCUUUAGCUUCAGGGUCCCCUAAGGCAUGUGUGCCCCUUCCUAUGGCCACCCUUGCCCCCAGACCCUGCCAGUCCCUCCUAAGGAUUCAUUACCUCUCUGUGUGGCAAGAGCUUGGGCGAAGGACGCGUGUGUGGACAUCCAUCUGGGUGUGUGGUUGAGAAACGGAGGCCGAAGCAGGCGUGCGCCAUUUCAUUCGGAAAGGAAAGACAAGUGCUGCAUCCUCAACUAGGAAAACUAAAGUGGAACAGGUUCUUUUUUGUCACCCUCUGUCAUGUUGGCAACACUGCAAAGCCCUCCUUCCUUUUCUCAUGCCAAGGCUAAUUCCGUCUAGACCAAAAAUGCGAACAGAAGUAAAACCGACCCGAGCAGUUGAAAGCCAGCCUGCUUGCCUCGCGUGUGAUAAGGCGUGACCUCUGGGGACUGGCAGGUUGGUGAGACUGAGGAGAGCGGUGUUCCUGGUGGGAAUGUGGAUGAGAAAUGCUGGCUUAGGAAAUACCAAAGCACCCUUUCUGCCCGUACUCUGGGACAGACUGCCGUGGCUCUCCACGUUCAGGUAUGGACUCUGCCUCCAGAAAGGUUAUUUUUAAAUAAACCAUCCGUCUCACCGAACCCGAGUGGGAUUUGGUUUAGGUACCAAAGACACUGCUAUGUCAUUGUUGAGUCUUACGUUUUCAAAACAGGCAGAGAGAAUAGGAGUGAAAGGCUGAGAUUUGGAAAGGCUGUACCUAUGUCUCUUUCCUUUUCCUCUCCCCUCUUUUCUCUCCUCCCUUACCCACAUUUUGAAGGAAGUCUUGGUUGUCCUGGCUUCGGAAAAGAGAUGAAUUUUGUUUCGCUCUGCUGGCUCUGUAAAGACGGAUAGAGUUGCUCAGUGUAGCAGUGAUGUUCUUAGAAUUGCUGGCAAAUCGGGGGGCGGGGGGGCGGCGUAAAAUAUGGGGGUAGAGGGUUUUUUUUUUUCUUUAUUUCCCUUUAUCUAACACUUAUAAAUAGAACCAGUACAGCCUGUUUGAGUUCAGAUGGUCCCUAGAUGUGCUAUCUCUGUUCUGUCACUUAAAAAGGAUAAGCAUUUUCAAGAGCAGGAUUACAUGGAAAACCAAAACUCCUUUAUCCUCCCAGGGAGCUGUAUUGUUCCAGAACGGUUUUAUACAUGGGUUCUAGGGAGUUGAGAAGUUCAUUGUCUUGGUGUAUUAUUGAUGGGACACAGAAAGGGAGAGAGGGAAAAGACAUUUAUUACUCUCUUAAUAUUCCGUCAAAAAUUGAUCAGGUUGCAGAACUUCGUGAAAGCUUUAUUAAUAAUCUGAUUGUUCUGACAUUAUAUAAAAGUGGUAUUAAUAUUGUGUGACCUUUCAAAGCGCUAGAUAGGUUUGUAAGUAGGUGAUAGGGAUAUUGAAGAUAAGAGCACUUGAAACAGAAGUUACGGGAAACAAGGUGUGCGUGAUGGAACACCACUUUGAGCACGGGUCGCGGAGGGCAGGCGCGGUGUCUGGUUCUUUCUGUGUCGCUGCAUCUGCCCCCUCUCGGCACGGGGCUCCAGCCCCCCCCUCCCCCCGGCACCACCUUCUAGUUCAGACCCAGGACACUGUCAAAAAGGUCAGACCCCGAAAGUUAAUUUACUGUAAAAAAACAUUGAGGUCUGCUGCAAAGUUCCCCCGCGUUUUCUUUGUUUACUUGUUCAUCCUUGUUUUAAGUCAGCCCCAACCUUACAAAAGCAGCUUUUAAGGCUUCUUUCUUAACCUGGCAGCAGCAUUGAGUUCUCUAACGUUAUAUCCCAAAGUCUGCAGGCAGACAGCCGGAUACAGUGCCGUGUGAAAAAUGAGACCUCCAAACGCUUCUUUAAAAUUAGAAUCUCCUUCGAAUGAAACCGUGAAAAAGGACAGAGCCCCGUGGAGGGAGGGCCGUGCCCCCCCCCCGGCCCCCGGCCCCCUCCCACCGUCCGUGAGUCUGACAAUGCAGCAGGAAAGGAGAUGCACUUUCAGAGGCUGAAACGGAGGGGGUUCUGUCAGGAAAGGCUGUAGCUGUAGGCGUGUGGGGAUGCCACGUCUGUGGCGCUCGCCCUGCCCAGGUCUGCAGAAGGCACGGAACUUUUCUAAGAAUCGAGUGGACCGAUGCCAGCCCGGGUGUGUUUAAAACUGCAUAUGUUGGGGGCGGGCGGGGGGGGGGGAGCGGAAGACUUUGCAGGCGUGUCACAGCGUUGGGCUCUCUGCGGCAUCGGUGGUGUGGCCCCCCGGAGACGGAGGGAGAGGCGGACGGACUUCUCCCGGCUUCUCCCGUCCGCCUGAGCGCAUUACUCAGUCCCGGGAGGGAGGCCUCCCGCGUUAGCCGCGUCAGACCGCAGGUCGAGUUCCUCCCUCUAUGGUAAUAGCAAAGGCUGGGUGAGUAAGGGUGGCGCUUCCGCCCACCCCAAGUCCAGGACUGUCGUAUACCUCAUUUCUAACUCGUGAUUGAGUAACUUGCUGUAGCUUUCUCAACCCUCCAGAGUUGCCAAGUCCGCCCCCCCUCCUCUAAGUAACGUUGAACUCUGGCCUAUAGCACCACAGGACCUGCAGCCUAGGGUGGGACCUCCUAAAGCCUCUGAAUGUCGCUGCUGAAAAGCUACUGCAAACCGAGGGCAAAUUGCAAUCUUCUGUUUCUUUUCGUUGCAAGGGGGUCUUCGCAGGUCUCUCAACAUCCGCUCUCCCUGCCACCCUGUCUCCGGGGGCUGGCCAGCUCUCCCCGCCCCCGCCUGCUGGGGUGGGAGCGUCCUGUCCCCCUCUGCGGCCUCAGGGUUCUGCUCAUUUUCAGGACUUUGGGUGGAAGGGAAAAAAGACACCAAAGGCUCCUUUAAGCUGACUGCUGCAUACACAUUUCACUUUUUUUCCUUUGUCAUGACCAAAAAAAUAAUAAUAAUAAAUCCAAAUAUUUAAGUUUUUAUUAUUAUUAAUAUUAUUAUUAUUUGACAAUCUUGUAUCCGACGGGCUCUUUAGAAGCUGCAUCCCCAGCCCUUUCACCUUUUCUUUGAAUGUAGUUCCCAGCCUUCAAUUCCCACCCCCAGUGUUGAAAGAAAGCUUUGCCAGGUCUUACUACUGCUGCUAUAAGCCAGGGGAGGGUGGUUUCUUUGUUUUGUUUUGUUUUUUUUAAAUUUCCAGCCAAAACCAAAGAUUCCUUAAUGAUUGUAUAAACUCAAAACAAACAAAAAAACCAAAGAAAAGAGAAGUCUUCAGCAUCAAUCCAGUCUGUGGCGUCCUGGCAUUUAGAGGAGUGAG